ACUCUUGCGCAGCUGUUCGUGCACAACAUAGGAAGUGGGCACGGAGAGACGGAAUGGAUUAGUUGCUAUAAGUACAAACUGCUUUGUGUCUGAUUGCUACAAUAUGCUUGUCCGGCGUUAUUGAUCAUGUUUCAAAUGCGUGGACAAGACAGUUCAUCUAGUAAUGACAGCUGAUGAUUUGCUGAAAUGAAAGCACAACAAAUAGCUGAAGCUGAUGUCAAAACUCCCGAUGCCUUGAUUCUACCUCUGGGCUGGAUCCGAGAAGUCAGACAGCGCAAAGGGGGCAAAAGUGCAGGGAAAACAGAUGUAUACAUCACAAGUCCACAGGGGAAGCGCUUUAGGUCCAGAGCAUCUCUGCAAGAGUACCUGAUUUCCCAGAAGGACAGUGGACUUCCCCAGAUUGAGGAGUUUAGUUUUGCAGCAUCUGUGACCUACAGAAGCCCAUCACCAGUAAGGAGAAGAACUGUGACCCGCAACAGAAAACAGCAACGGCAACAUGGUAAACAGAUAGGUGGAGCUUCACAGUAUUUCUCUUCUGAGCUGACUGUGUCAGCAACACAGCCACAAGAUGAAAAAGAAAAAGAGAACGACAGUGCCGAGGAGAACCACAAAGAACUAACACAUAGGCCUACUACUACUGACAGAAACCAAAUUCCAGCCAGGAGGAAAAAGUGUGCUCGCACAAGACAACAGCAAGCUUGUGAACUGGAUUGUGACGCUUCACAGUACUUCUCCUCUGUGCUGAAUAGUUCAACAACACAGACACAGGAUGGCACAGGACACAAGAGUGACAGUGCAAUGGAUAACCACACAGACGUAACAGACGACAAACAAAAUGUGGCGCACCCUGCUGUUCAAAAUAGCCGCUUGGAAAGGACUGAUCCUCUUCACACUGCAAUACCAAGCAUAAGAGUACAACCUCCCUCGGAUAGUGGGGGAGAGGAGGAUGGAAAGGAAAGUGGCUGGAGGAGGAAAAGAGAUUCGGACUGCAUUGAGGAGGACAAGCUGGAUGUCAGCGAGGAGCAUGGGUCCACUAAUCCACAAGAGGCGUUGCAGAAGUCUCUAAACACCACUGGACCAGAAUGCCUCUCAUCCACCACAAGUAGCAGGUACAGUCUUACCGCAGAAAAGUCUGAGACAAGCCCUGUGACAAGGAACCAAGAUCAGGAUAGCAGUCUCCGGAGGAUAGGUGAUUUGGACUCACUUCAGGAGGUGGAUGAAGAUGGCGGCAAGGAGCCUAUACAGGAGUCCACUGACAUGCAUGAGGUGCUGCCGGCCUCUCAGAGCACUGUAGAAUCACAAUGCCUCUCACCCUUCAGAAAGACCAAGGCCAGUCUAACAGCAGAGAAGCGCAAGACCAGUCCUUACUUCAGUGGGAAGUCUUUAAAAGACUGCCUGAGUCCACCUAGGCGAAAGGCGUUCAAGAAGUGGACACCUCCUCGAUCACCAUUUAAUCUGGUACAGGAAACCCUCUUCCACGACCCAUGGAAACUCUUAGUGGCAACAAUCUUCCUCAACAAGACCAGCGGUAAGAUGGCGCUACCAGUGCUGUGGCAGUUUUUUGAGCGUUACCCGUCUGCAGAGGUGACAAGGGGGGGUGACUGGAAGCCUCUAGCAGACCUGCUGCAGCCACUGGGCCUCAACACCCUCCGAGCUAAAACCAUCAUCCGCUUCUCUGAUGAGUACCUGUCCAAAACAUGGAGGUAUCCCAUUGAGCUGCAUGGAAUUGGCAAAUAUGGCAACGACUCGUACCGCAUCUUCUGUGUCGAGGAGUGGAAGCAGGUGACUCCAGAAGACCAUAAGCUGAAUCACUAUCAUGCAUGGCUGUGGGAGAACCACAAGGCUUUGGGCCUUUGACAACAACCCUGGGAGACUGCUGCACGCUGGGAAGAUGCACAUGAUCAUGGCGUGAAUUGUUCUUUCUGUUUCCAUGAAGUAUUUCCUUUUAUAUAAAAAGUAUUUUAUCAGAAGAUCUAACAUUAAAUAAAUGGCAUUAUUGGUACAUUAA